UUCAUGCCCGCUUUAGUUGUGAAUGUGUUAGCCAAUUAAGUACCACUUACUUUGCAGUAUCGGUUGACUCGUGCACGCAGUGGGUUUUUGUCUCAUUUGUUAAAUCAGGCACCAGUAAAUUAAGCUAUGUGGAUUCACACAAAAUGAAAAUGUAUCGCCUGCAACGUUCUUCAAAUACCACCGAUUUCUUUUGUAUAGUGAAUGAGCUAAACGAGUAACUUUUGCAACUGCCCUACCAGCCGUGUCGUGCGCGCAACUUUUCUUUCUUUCCCUUUCUUUUUUUUUUUUGCGAAAGCAAUACGCCAGGUCUAACCGCUCGUCGCGUAUGCCGUGGCCCCCCUCUCCCCCCCUCCCCCAGAGCGGGCGCUGCGCUUAGCAGGUGGUGUGACGUCACCUCUCUCCGUUGCUAUGACGACGCGUGACGUCAGCUUGCACCCCACCGCAGCUAGAAGGGAGCCGUUCGUCGCGUGUGCUGUGGCCCCCGAGCCGCCUUCACUCGAAUAUAUAGCGGUGCGCUACGCGUUGAUCAGGCUCGCCAUGAAAGUUACCGACGAAGAGUCUAUAUCUGAAUCUAGUUGCUCUACUGCUUCGGAACAGUUAAAUUCUAAGGCGAAAGCUAAGCAAGCUAGGAAGAAUGAGAGAAAGAGGUUGCAACGUGCCCAGGAAACAGAGGAACAACGAGCAGAACGAUUGCGAAAACGACGAGAAGCCGAAGCAGCUAAGCGAGCCACUUUAGAAGGUGAGUGUAGUCGUGCUAGACGGAAUGAAACUCUGAGACGACGACGUGCCCAGGAAACGGAAGAACAACGGGCCGAACGUCUUGAAAAGCGGAGGAGGAAAAAUGUGUGUGUUUCUACUGGAGGACCUGUGCAAAUAAGUGACUGCAUCGAACGAGUGGCUCAGUUUGCAUCAGCUACUCGCGAAUUCCGUCGCCGCUUCACCGAGAACUCGUUUGGAAAUGUGUGUUGUGUAUGUAAUCGACUGGGGCAUAAGCGGGAUUUGCAAACGGGCGAGACGUGCACAUGUAGCCGAGCACCACUGCGGUGCACAGCCAGCACCCAGACGACGCAGGAUGAGUGCAGCCUUCCAUCGGCAUCCGAGGCUGGCACGCAAACCCUCGCAAUCCUGCGCACAGCUGCUACCCAGACACCACGGCACCACAGCUCUGGUGUGCAGACCGACAGCUGUGAGUUAUCCCUGCCUCCAGCAACACCCGAACGAUCCGCUGAUGCUUCUGCUUCGCUGUGGGGACUUCAGGCUCAAGCCUCGUCAACACCAGUGCAAAGGAAAUUAUUUGGGGAUGCUGAUCAGAUAGAAGAAGCGGAGGUCAACAAUUUAGCGCUGCUCGACGACAGCUACAGACCUUCGGCAGCAUCGCAGAACUGCACUAAUGCUAGAAUCAAGACAACAACUGAAUGCUUCCGAUCAGAUGGAACAUUACAUCUCCCAUACUUUACUAAUAGCCUGAAGAAGUGCAUCAAGUGCUGUUCCUUCCAUGUUCUGGAAAACCUCACAAAGAAUACCACGGGGACCAGAACCAAGAGAAGCAGCUUUGGUGCAGAUGACAAGGGUUCCUAUACCAUGAACUGUGCUAGUCUGUUGGACCUUAAGUUCUUUGAACAAGUGCAAGAGAGGUUUACGAGACUCAAGCCAGAGGUAGCGAGGGCUAUGAAGGCUACCAUUCUCAAAAUACUUGACAAAGCAGCUAAAUCUUGAAAACAAAAGGCAAGAACUGCACAUCACAUUUCUGGCAAGAUUAGAUGGUCCCAGGUUUUCAUGGCAAAAAAAAAAGUUUUGGUAAAAGCUGCCAUUACCAAUGUCACCCAACAAAAGUGUGCUAAAAAAUGAAUAAAAAAUUUUAAUUACCAUAUGCUGGAGUUGCAAGAACAAAUGGUUCCCAAACAGUGGUUCACAAAAUUAUUUCUGAAAAUUUGAACAUGUAAAAGGUUUAUUCGAAAUUGGUGCCAAAAGUGUUGAGUGAUGAACAAAAACAAUGAUGAGUUGACAUUUCGUGUAAGAUGUUGGUGAAGUGAGAAAGUGAAAGGGAUGUUUUAGACGGAGUAAUAACAGUGACUAAUCAUGGGUGUUCCAGUAUGACCCUGAAACCAAAUGCCAAAGUUUGCAGUGGCACAUGGCAAACUCUCAGCGCCCCAAGAAAGUGAGAAUGUUGAAAUCCAAGGUAAAGACAAUGUUUGUCUUUUUCGACUAGCGUGGAUUGGUCCAUAAAGAAUUUGUACCUUUGGGACGAAUCAUCAACACCGUGUUCUACAAAGAAGUCCUUGAGCGCCUUCACAGAGCUGUCAAAUGAAUACGACUGGAGAUUGCCAAUCGCUGUAAGCUACACCACAACAAUGCUCCAGCCCACACCGCCUUCGUUACGACUGCCUACCUGGCUCGGAUAGGGGUUGCAACCUUGCCGCAGCCACCGUACAGUUCCGAUAUGAGCCCAGCAGACUUUUUCCUGUUGCUAAAGCUGAAGAGAUACCUGAAAGGUCACCGUUUUGACGAUGUUUCCGCCAUCCAAUGCACUGUCACAGAGUCUCUGAAAGAGCUUGCAGCAGUUGAUUUCCAGGGAGUCUUUGCAGCAUGGGAAUCACUUUGUCAGCAGUGUAUCAAUGCCCAAGGGGACUACAUUGAAACGUUUUGAUAAUAUGUACCAAUCAGAUCAAUAAAUUAUUUUUACCAGA